AUGACAUUUAAAGAUUACGAAUUAGAGAUUACACCGAAGAUAGAUUUGGAUAAGACUAUCAAAGUUGAGUCUUUGAAUUUACUUAAGUUCACCAUUCGAAAUAAACGUCGUAGUAAGAUUGUUACUUAUCGAAUCCACCUUAUAUUGGUCUUAUUGGGGAUAUUUAUAAGUUAUUUAUUUCAACACCAAUCACGAUUAUGGGAGAUUGGAUAUGCCGAGACAUAUGAUAUGGUUCAGAUCAUGGACUCUAAUCGUGAUAUACUUGGAUAUACGGGAUUAUUUGUCAUUUCAUUGAUGAUUUUAUUAUUACGCCAAGAAUGUGAAGAUUCUUUGAUUAUUAUGAAAGGGAUUGGAAUUCAAUUGAAUAGUAAACGGAAUUGGAAAUGGUUAUUCAAUAAUAAUAAGUUUGAUUGUUUCAUUCCUGUUAAUAAUAUUAUUGAUUUAGUCAUCCAUGAAGGAUUUUAUAAUUAUGGUCAGGUUAUAUUUUAUUUAUGCAUCUUAACCAAGACCAACCAAAAGCAACAAAACAACAGCAAUACUAAAGUUGAAUUUGGUAGUACUGGCGGUAUUAGUACUACUAAUAGUAAUGAUAAUUUAAUUAAAGUGGUGUUUCCGGAAUUCUUACCUAGAAAGGAUAUUCUCUUACAAGUUUGGAAAUUAAGUAGAGAAUUAUUAUAUGGAGAUGUUAGAAGGUAUUGGAGACGUGUUCCAGGACAAGGGUUAAAACAAAUUUCAUAA